AUGCUUUCGCCUACCUUUGUGGUCUCCAGUGGAGUUCGACAAGGAUGCCCUAUCUCUCCGUUCCUAUUCAACUUUGUCAUUGAGGAUGUCCUGAAGAACGCUCUGAGCGAUUCGUUGAACGCUGGCAUUGAGCUCCUCCCAGGUAGUCGAGUUGUUGAUUUAGGUUAUGUUGAUGAUAUCGUCUUUCUGGGUGAUGAUCCACAGGUGGUCCAACUUGCAUUAAACCGCUUGGCGAUCGAAGCAUCAAAGUACGGUGUGUACUUUUCGCCAUCUAAAUUCAAGGCUCUGCUUCAAGACUGGCAGUUGCCUCUGCCUGCACUCACGCUUGCUGGUGAGACACUAGAGGUUGUGGAGAGCUUUGUCUACUUGGGAAGUUGCAUCACUGCUGGCGGGGCUGUUGGAGACGAGAUUUCGAUGCCCAUCUCGAGAGCAGGCCUCGCUUUUUCUAGGCUGAGGCAUUUGUGGCGUCGCCAUGACAUUCGUCUCUCCACCAAAGGGCGGGUCUAUUGUGCGACUGUUCGUGCUGUACUGUUGUACGGAUGCGAGACCUGGCACAUUCGUAAAGAUGACUUGCGCAGGCUAUCCGUCUUCGAGCACCGCUGUCUGCGGUCCAUUGCCCGUGUGUGGUGGUAG